AUGCAGUACCAGUUUGGAUACCCGACGCCGCCAGCAUCGCCAUCGCCGUUCGAGACCCUGAAGUGCGCACAACAACCACAGCAGUCGGCCCCGAUCCAGCCCCGAUAUGUCCAGCCUGCUCCCGAGGACAGGUUAGGCAGGUUCCUUGCCGGCACUCUCCAGCUGACGGGGAUCCUGGGAACGGGCGCGUACGGUGUCGUCUACUCGGCUGUCGAUAUCAAGACUCACGUCAGGUACGCGGUCAAGACGCUCAGCAAGUACAACGCCGAUGGCACCCCCCUGGACCGGAGACAGGUUGCCUUCCAGACUCGGGAGAUCCGCCUGCACUGGCUGGCGUCGGCGCAUCCCAACGUGGUCUCGAUGCUCAAAAUCAUCGACGACCCCGACUGCACCUACGUUAUCCUGGAGUACUGCCCCGAAGGUGAUCUGUUCUACAACAUCACCGAGUGCGGGCAGUACGUUGGUAAGGAUGCGCUGGCCAAGCAGGUCUUCCUCCAGAUCCUGGAAGCCGUGGAGCACUGCCAUUCCCAGGGGAUCUACCACCGGGACCUCAAGCCUGAGAACAUUCUGGUGUCCAACCAGGGCGAGACUGUCAAGCUCGCCGACUUUGGCCUUGCCACGUCUUCAGACAGGUCCGAGGACUACGGUUGCGGUUCCACUUUUUACAUGUCUCCUGAGUGUCUAGACCACACCACCAGGAGGCCCUACUACUACUGCGCCCCCAACGACGUCUGGAGCUUGGGUGUCAUCCUAGUCAACCUGACCUGUGGCCGCAACCCCUGGAAGCAGGCCUCGUUCGAGGACUCGACCUACCGGGCCUUCACCAGGAGCAAGGGCUUUCUCAAGACCAUCCUCCCCAUCUCUGAUGAGCUCAACGAGAUUCUGGCUGCCAUCUUUACCAGGAACCCCGACGAGAGGAUAACCCUGCCCGCUCUCAAGGCCCGCAUCCUCGCCUGCAACCGCUUCACCGAGCAGCCCCAACAGGUCUCGGCCCCGGCCGCCGCGGCAAGCCCAGUCUCGCCGCCCGCUUCGCCCGAGUCUUACGUUUCCGACUACGAGGACGCCAUCGUCGACGACGACGACGACGAGGACUUCGAGUACGACGACGCCCCUCUCUCGCCCGCCUCCUCCGACGACUCGCUUUCGGACGCAUCCUCCGACGAUGGCUCCAUGACCUCGAGCUGCUCGAGCCUCGAGGAGCUCGAGGAGGAUGACGACCUCUGCCCCGAGCCCCGCGGAGCCGUGACGCCGCCUCCCCAGCCCGAGAUCUGUGCCGCCAUCUACGACGCCGAGGCUCAGCACCACGUCGGCUUCCCGUCCGAGUACCUCCACCACCAGUCGUCCUUCCACCACCAGUUCCCCCAGGAGCAGCCCGUGCCGGUGCAGCCGCACAUGAACAUGGGUUUCCACAUGGCGCAGCCGCAACAGCAGCUCUUUGGCCCCAAGGUGGCCCCGCAGCCACCUGCCCCCUACCUCCACCAGCACCAACUCCCCUACAUCCUGGAUGUCAUGUACAAGUUCGCGCACCCCGGCCAGCACCAGGUACCCCAACCAGUCAUGCACCAUCCCCAUCCGGCUCCCUUCCACCAACACCCCCACCACGCUCAGGUCCCUAUGUUUGCCUGCUACUAA